AUGGUCAACAAGUUUUUUGACUGUCUCAAUACCCGGUCAACUACUGAGCACAUAAGAAAGCGGAAUGAAUUUCUAGCUGAUUACACUAGUCUUGAUGACAGUCGUUUUGACUGGCUACAAAACGUAUUCAUUGCAUACUUCGAGGAUUGGUACAAGAGAGUCCAAGAACGACAGGGUGCAUUUACAAGUGAUGACAGAGGAAAGAUGUUCAUCUCGCAUCAAACAUACAGAGGGAUGAAGAUAACUGUAAAUUCACUAAUUGAGGUUGUAAGGUUUCUGCUUCCAGAAGGUUGUGAAUUUGUACUUUCUGAAAAAUUUUGCCAGGACCCUUUGGAGGAGUAUUUUGGACACCAGAGAGCAAGAGGUUGGUUAAGUGAUAAUCCAACACUGCAAUCAUUUGGCUACAAUGACCAUAAUUGCAAAGAAACCAUAAUUGCACACCCUUGGUAA